AGUUAAAUUAUAUGUUAAAAUAUGGCGACCGUUAGUAAACGGCAUUUCCGGCCCUAACGGCACUUGACAUUCUACUAAGCGCGUAGAUAUUUUGCAGAAAUUACUUGCAACCCAUUAUUGCCAAUAAUAUCGCGAAUUGUACUUUUUACUACGAUUUUAAAAAUUGUUUAUAAAUUUGAAUUUGUUUAUAAAUUUUAUAAUUACUUAAAAACUUAUAAAUGUAUAAAAUUAACUUCCUUUUAUGGCACUUUGUAGUCAUAUGCAACCCUGCCAACCACAAACAGCAGUUCUCGGCAAUUCCACUUUGACCUCGCAUUCCGCAUUAAUUUGUAAAACAAAUUUAGUUUGUAUUCUGUUGUAUUUGCAUUAUUACUUGAAUAUCGUUGGUUGCUAAUACCAAGUGUUCCGUUUCGUAUACACAUAUUAGAAUUCAGAAAAACUCAGGAAAUCUAUUCAUUAUCCUGCCAGCAUACCAAACCGAUUAAAAUGGGUGAUAGCAAAAUCUGUGACAUCAGCGACGACGUGCGUGACGCAUUAAAGAAGUUUCGCUUCCGUAAAAGUACAUCAAACUCGGCACUGAUAUUAAAAGUCGAUCGCGAAAAGCAACUUGUUAUUUUGGACGAACUCUUGGAGGAUAUCUCCGUUGAUGAAUUACAAGAAACACUGCCAGGACAUCAGCCUCGAUAUAUAAUAUAUACGUAUAAAAUGAUACAUGACGACCAAAGAAUUUCAUAUCCAAUGUGUUUCAUAUUUUACACCCCACGCGAUAGUCAGAUUGAGCUGCAAAUGAUGUAUGCCUGCACCAAAAGUGCCCUCCAACGUGAGGUGGACUUAACACGUGUCUACGAAAUACGCGAAUUAGAUGAACUCACUGAAGAAUGGCUCAGGGAAAAACUCAAGUAAAGCAGACAGAGAAGUUUAUAAACAUACAAAAUGAUAAGCAAUAUUGUGUAUAUGUUCGUUGGUGUACAUAAUGUGCAUGGACUUACCCAAAUACCAACGAUUUUACACCAAAUACAUACAUAUGUCUAAUGAUACAAUGGAUAUGCCGCAAGCAUAAAGAUAACACGCCCAGAAGUAAAUACUUUUAAGUAACAGGUAUUUUUUUCAAUAUUCCUAUCAUAGAGAGACCAAAACGCCAAAAACUUAAAAAUAUUCCAAACUAAUUGUAAAAUAUAACUUAGAUAUUUCAUUCCAACGUUUUUUAUCGUACAUACAUAUAUACAUAUGUAUAUUAGAUGUAGCGUCAUAUUUUCAGUAGCGUUCGCGUAGUGUCGAUAGUGAAUACGAAAUGAAAGAUAAAUACACACAUGUGUUUUAUACAUAUUCAUAAUAUGAGAAGCUGUGCUUGCCAAAUUUAAUUUUAUUUACUUAUAAUAUAAUACUACAAUUUUUUAUUUAAGUAUUAGCGUUUUUUUAUAUUGAAUUUUACAAUACGUGCAUAAUUAAAUGAAAAACAUUCACAUUUGUAUACACUUUAUCAAUAUACAAUACAUAUACGUAAAAAUAAAUAUACACAAACAUACUAAAGAAGAUAUCGAUUUAAUAAGCAGCAAGCUGCUAUCAAAUUGUGGCUUGCGCUGUUGUAAACAACUGUUAUGGUCGUUGCUUUGUAGAUUACCCGCAAUAAUAACUUAUUUACUGUUAUUUAGCAAUCUGCGUCUUAAAAAGGAUGCAAACGCUGCGCCGCAUGCAUCAUACUUAGUGCGGCAGUGCUUUGUGCCGACGCUGCAGGCGGUGGUGGAGGCGGCGGUUGUGCUGCUGCAAGCAUGUGUGCCAUUGUCGGAUGAUGUGUCAUAUGCGUGGCAUGAUUGGGCUGCAAUGGUGUGUUCAAAGGCAAAUGAUGUGUGUGCGGAUGUAGGCCAUCAUGUGUGAGAGUAGCAUGUGUUGGUGGUGCCGCUGCAUGAUAAUGAUGCGGCAUUUGACUUGUGAGUGGUAAAUUCAGCAGAUUACUAUUGGCAUGAGAACGAAAAUGCACACUUAAGCUGCUAGCCGAACCGAAUUCCUUGUCACAGUCGGGACAUUUGAAACUUUCCUGCAGAACAGUUGUACCUUGCAGUGAACUGUUUGGCACGACACCACCCACAACAACUAUCGGUUCAGGACAGGUGGUAUCGACUGCCUCAUCCUCAUCAUCUUCGCUGCGUUCGUGUAGUGUAUGUUGUUUACGUUUAUGCGCUUGCAUAUCACGUUGCCGACUAAAUGACUUGCCACACACAUCGCAAUGAUGGCUUUUUAGCUGCGUAUGUGUAACCAUAUGUUUAGAGAGAUCACCGACACUGUAGAAAGCCUUCUGACAUACUGGACACAAUUGAUCUCGUAUGCCGGUGUGUAUCUUUUGGUGUGCUUGAAAGUUGCCCAGUGCGGAGAAUUGUUUGGAGCAAAUCUCACAUUGAAACGGACGUUCGCCGGUAUGUGUGCGCUGAUGUAUGUGCCAAUUAUACUUUUGCGCAAAUCGUCGCGGGCAAUAGCUACAGCCAAAUGGUUUUUCACCUGUGUGUGUGCGCAAAUGCAUUUGCAGCUGAGCGGAGCACUUGAAGGUUUUGUUGCAUUCAUAACAUGUUUGUGGUAGUUUCGGCAAAGGUUUCGGACCACGACGCUUAUGCUCCUCCGGUGGUUUACGCUGAUAACGUGAACGACGCUUACUAAGUAGUGAGAAAUGUAAGAAAUACAAGGCGACAGUGAUUUGUUUACAUUUACCUUUUCUUAACAUUCUCGCCCAUAUCUGAUUCCUCUUCAGAAUCGGGCUCCAAGUAUGUGUGUGUCUUAUGGCUCAACGAUUCAACUGGCAAGUCUGUGUUCGUUUCGGCAUCACAAAAACUUAAAAAAAAUAAUAAUAAAUUGUUUACACACACACACACGAUAUAGUUGUAGCUUACCCAUAUCCUCUGUCCUGCAAACCCAAGUAUUGUCGCAGUCUCAUAUCAGAGUUCUCGCACUCUUGUUUGAAAUGGUACGCCACACCCAAACGAUAAAUGCAAUUAUUGCAUAUGACUGCAGGUAAACCAUCACUUUUAUAAACCUUAGAAGAUAAUAUUUUGUUUUUAGUAAUUUUUUUGACAUAAACACAGAAUCUUGUGAUUUGGUAUGUACCCUGAUUUUGGCACACAUCAUCAACAUAGUGCAAGGCAUCAUCGCAAAUUCAGUACUGUAUAUGGACGUAAGUGCCCCUUCUUCUAGACACACUCGGCAAAUUUUAUGAAUAUUAUAGUCCAUAUUAAAUUUUUGCAGCUAUCUACAAAUUAUAAAAUAAUAUGUUUAUUUACGAAUGUGAGAAUACAAUUAGAGACAGAAAUAAAAGUUGCCAUAUCGAUUAUAAAGUUCGAA